GAAAAGACAACCUUGACCCCCUUUUACUUAACAAAACAAGAUCUAAAGCCGGCAACUCUCGGAGGCAAUCUACAAUUUGCGCAUUGAUAAGCGCCAAGUCUUUUUUUCUUUCUUUCUUAAUUUAGCAGUUACUGGUACUAUCAAGUAGUACUACAUUUUACCUCAUUUUUGACCUGCCAACCAUCACUUCUAAAUUUCAACAAGAUUAAAAUGGAAGAAGGAGGAAAUCAAUCAAAAUAUGUAAAAUUAACAAAAGAUCAAGCACCUCUUGAAGAAGACAUUAAGCCUGGAGAACUUAACCAGCCCAUUCAUGUUCCUCAGCUAGUCAUUCACAAGUGCAACGAAUGUGGACAAGUUUUACCUGAAAGUUUUGAGCCUCCUGCAGAUGAGCCCUGGACAAGUGGGAUUUUCGGAUGUGCAGAAGACAGAGAUAGUUGCUGGACUGGACUUUUCUGCCCGUGUGUCUUGUUUGGGCGUAAUAUUGAGAGCCUGAGAGAAGAUACUCCUUGGACUACCCCUUGUGUUUGUCAUGCCAUAUUUGUUGAGGGCGGCAUUGCUCUUGCAGUUGCAACAGCAGCAUGUCAUGGUAUUAUUGAUCCAAGUACAUCAUUCCUCAUUGGUGAAGGCUUACUAUUUGGUUGGUGGAUGUGUGGAAUAUAUACUGGCCUUUUCCGGCAAUCGCUGCAGAAGAAGUAUCAUCUCAAGAAUUCCCCAUGUGACCCUUGCCUGGCACAUUGCUGCUUGCACUGGUGUGCCUUGUGCCAGGAGCAUAGGGAGAUGAAGAAUCGUCUGUCGGAUAAUGCUGCCAUGCCGAUGACAAUAGUCAAUCCUCCCCCUAUUCAGGAGAUGAAUGCUGCAAGCGACAACCGUGAAUCUGUACCUUCCUCAGUAGAUAACACCGAACAAACCAACCUCGAGAUGCAAGCUCUAUGAAAACUCCGCUAUUCUACGCCAUAUUCCAUUUAGUAUGUGAUCAGAUAGCGUAUACUUUUCAAUUUAGUAUAUCACAUAACAGUUCAAAGAGUUCGCGCGUGUCGGUUUCUGCUGGCAGAGUCACCCUUGGAGGCUAGAGCUAAGUUAUACAGGAACAAAGAAAUGGUCAUUGUUUUUGACGCACAGGUUAGGACAAUAACCUGUGCAUUAUUAGAUCUUCUCGGAGUUGAAAGGUAGUAAAACUUAAUCAAUUCAAUUAAUUUGUAUUGUUUCUUCUUACGUCGCACAUGCAUAGCCUGUCCUACACGUUGCGAUGCGGAUCCAUGAUUUGGAUUUUAUGAUUUUGAAUUGGGGAUUUAUCAGUCCAUUUGAUUUUGUUCGAAAUUUAUUUUUUAAUACUUAUUAAUGGACCUUUUAAACA